UCCUAUUUAUCAACUAAAACUACUCAAUUAGUAUUACUAAUAGCUAUGGCCAAGGCAUCUUCUUCAUUUGUUCUACCUAUCAUCUUCCUUGUUAUGUUCGCCUUAGUUGAAGAAAAUAUGGGAUGCAUGGCAGUUCUUGGCUCGUGUGGUGUCAUUACAGACUGCAGUGGAGCAUGCAAGUCUAGGUUUGGACAAGAUACACUUAGCAGAUGUGACCGCGACGGUGGUGAUGGCACAUGUAUUUGCAGUUAUCCUUGUUUAACUGAUAACCUUCAUAUGUGAAAUUUGCAUUACCAAAUCUAUAAUUAAAAAUUAAUAAAGUCAAAAAACAAAAUCUUUUGCA